AGCCAUCCAGAGCAGUGGGCCGAGCAAACCAUGGAGCAUGGCCAUUCGGAAGCAUUGACGCUUCUGCCUUCAAAGAUGCCAUUGCAACAGCUGGCGCAGCUCAAUGGGCUUUGUAGGCCCUUGCGGCAGGCCUGCUGCGGCCUGCUUGCCGCAAAGCUCCAGGCUAUUCACCAGGUUUUCGAUGAGUUGAUCCUUCACGCCGAAGUCACCUUUGUUUGGCUUGUGGAAGAGGCUCAGUUCGAAGAGCUUCCAAAUUUGCUGCUAGAUUUUGCCAAGGUCGCUAGAGAAGGGGCUACAAAGAUCCUGGCCAUUUUGGAAGAGAGCAUUGCAAUUGAGGGAUUUGCCAAGGAUGAUUCAGGUGGCCAUGACUUGGUCGGAGAAUUUCGAACGAUUCAGGCCAUCGCAAUGGCAAGUACAAAGUUGAGCCCCCGUUUGAAAGCCCGAGGAAUCCUUCGCCGAAGCUUGAGACUUCAGAGACUUGUGGAAGGUCAUGGCAACUCAGAGGUGUCAGAUGUCAACUGAUAUUCCAGGUUUAUUUGUAGCUGAUAGUUGGUCGGUUGCUCCAGUCAGCUGCUCUCUCGUCUUCCAUGCAGCCACAAACCUGGUCACUCCCCUUGCUCCGCUGUUGCUACCGGACUUUGAAGGCAUUCCAAAGUGAGCUGCCCUGGCACCAGUUGACAAAGGAUGGAAAA